CACACGUUGGGCGCCAUCAGUUAAUCACGAUAUAACGGUUGUUUCAAUCGUACGAUGAAUGUAAAUGAUAAACUGUGAACCGAGUGACGUGAAAGAAGCAGAUUAUUUUUUUAAAUUGUGCCGUGUUUUUUUUAAUUUAAAGCAAAUCGAUUAAAAAACAAAUUAGUGAUUACGAAACUAGUGUUGAAAAAACAUAAAAUAAAUUGUGUAGUGGUUUUUAUUGUGGUUCCAAGGCAACAUUGAAAGCAGUUAAUAAACUUCAUAUUUGAACUAUAAUAUGACGAGAGGCUGCGAAAUGUGUCAACGAUGAAGAUAGUACAAAAUGAUCGAGUGCAGCCGGUCACACAUCGUACCAUGUGAGUCGAAACGAGAAUGAGAGGGAAAAUCAUCGUAACGACCAAGAUGCUGUUUUCGUUGCUGUUACACUGCUUCUGUGUUGCUACAACCGCUUCGAUCCCUAGUGGAGGUCUACUCGCAGCCACCAGCAAUGGCAGCCCAGAGACCAUCAGAGUCGAGCGGCCAUACUUCGACGAUGUGUCUCCGAGGAACGUGUCCACCGUGGUGGGACAGUCAGCAGUCUUGCGCUGCAGAGCCAAGCAUAUAGGGAAUAGAACUGUCUCUUGGAUGAGAAAACGCGACCUUCACAUCCUAACCUCCCACAUAUUCACGUACACCGGCGACGCCAGGUUCAGCGUUCUCCAUCCCGAACCUUCGGACGACUGGGACUUGAAGAUCGACUACGUUCAGCCGAGAGACGCGGGGGUCUACGAGUGCCAGAUCAACACUGAACCUAAAAUAAACAUGGCGGUGGUUUUGAACGUGGAAGCUGCUGCGGCUACCAUAUGGGGCUCCCAGGACGUCUAUGUGAAGAAAGGGAGCACAAUAUCGCUGACGUGUUCGGUGAAUGUCCAUUCAUCGCCACCCUCCAGCGCCUCGGUCUUGUGGUACCACGGAAACGCUGUGGUAGACUUUGACUCGCCCAGAGGCGGCAUAAGCCUGGAAACGGAGAAAACUGAAGGUGGAACCACCAGCAAGUUGCUCGUGACGAAAGCAGCACUCACUGACUCCGGAAACUACACGUGCGUCCCGAACAACGCACAUCCCGCAUCGGUUUCUGUACACGUGCUUAAUGGUGAGCACCCCGCUGCAAUGCAAACGAGUAACAAAGCGUCGUCCUACCUGACGUCGCAGCUGAGCUGUGCCAUCCUCACGUACCUCCUCUCCUCGACCGUUGGCAGAUGAUCAGCUUAACUCCUAAUCACGAGGCGUGAGCUUUUGGAAUUAACUUAUCUCUAUCCACCAGCGCACGAAUGUAAAUUUACUUUGAAUUUUUAUGAUUGGGAAUUUUAAUUGUAUUUUCUUAUUGCUAAAUUUGCCUUGUAAUGUAACAUUAAAAUGAUUAUACAAAUCUGGUUGUGAAAACAUCUAUACAAUAUCUAUAUUCCCAAGCGUCUAUGUUUAUAAAGUUUCAUUUCAACACAAAAGCUCUCGCCAAACGCGUUGUAGAUUUUUUAACGUAGAUUGACUUAAGUAUUACUUUAAGUGAGUUUUGUGUUAAAUUAAUUAUAAUUAUAAAAUACACUGAAAAAGGUUUACCGGUGGCGGGGCACGAAGGAGCCCUCUGGGACUCUUCCACAGUCCGGUCUAUUGUUGCCGCAGAGCAAUGGUUUCUUGCACUCCGAUGCAAUACAGACUUCAAUAUAAAAAUGAUCGCUUAGCACCAGAUGAUAGGUCAAGAGAUCCUUGACUCAUAUGCUCUUUUGAUACUCGACAACAACAAUUUUUACAUUGUUAACUUGAUCAACGAACCAAUUG